GCCCCUACAACUUCUAGCAGAUGCUGCUUGCUAAUGUUUACAUGUGAAAGCUGCUGCUGCUGCUACGUUUAGCAGGGCUGUUUCAGCCAACAUGUCGCGGUCCAUAGAGAUUCCUCUACGUGAUAGCGAUGAGGUCAUUGAGCUGGACUUAAGUCAACUUCCUGAUGGAGAUGAAGUACUGGGUAUUCUUACCAAUGAGAAAGUGCCACUCAAUUAUUGGGUGGAUCUUGCUAUUGAGUAUUAUGAGCAAAAAAAUGAGGAUGACUUUGUACGCAUUUUGGAAGCAAGCCGCACUGAUGCCAACACCAUGUAUCGUGAUUCAGAGAAGGACCAGAUGCGUGCCUUUGAUACACUGGCAGCUUACUAUGUCCAGAAAGCCAACAAAGAGAAGGAUAAAACUAUCAAGAAAGAUCUUUUCCAGAAAGCCACUUAUCUUUAUACCACUGCUGAUAAAAUAAUCAUGUAUGACCAGAAUCAUCUGCUAGGCAGAGCUUACUUUUGUCUGUUGGAGGGAGACAAAAUGGAGCAGGCUGAUGCACAGUUCAACUUUGUGCUCAAUCAGUCUGCUAACAACAUACCAUCUUUACUUGGUAAAGCAUGCAUUGCAUUUAACAAGAAGGAUUAUCGAGGUGCAUUAGCAUUUUACAAAAAAGCUUUGAGAACAAAUCCUAACUGUCCAGCUGCAGUUCGUCUAGGAAUGGGCCAUUGUUUCAUGAAGCUUGGGAACCAGGAUAAGGCUCGCUUAGCAUUUGAACGGGCUUUAGAGUUGGAUGGAAUGUGUGUUGGAGCCUUAGUUGGCCUGGCAGUGUUGGAACUUAACGAGAAGAAGCCAGAAAAUAUUCGCCGGGGAGUUCAGAUGCUUUCAAAGGCAUACAAUAUUGAUUCAACUAACCCAAUGGUGUUAAAUCACCUGGGUAAUCACUUCUUCUUUAAACAGGACUUCCAAAAAGUUCAACAUCUGGGUCUACAUGCAUUUCACAACACUGAAAAUGAAUCUAUGCGUGCUGAGUCUUGUUAUCAGAUGGCUCGAGCUUUUCAUGUGCAAGAAGAUUACUCACAAGCGUUCCAGUAUUACUAUCAGGCUACCCAAUAUGCUGCUCCAAAUUUUGUUCUUCCUCACUAUGGUCUGGGCCAGAUGUAUAUCAACAGAGGUGACACAGAGAAUGCAGCACAAUGUUUUGAAAAAGUAUUAAAGGCACAGCCAGGCAAUUAUGAGACAAUGAAGAUCCUGGGCUCCUUAUAUGCCAGUUCCACAUCUCAGAGUAAGCGAGACUUAGCCAAACAGCAUCUUAAAAAGGUGACAGAACAAUAUAGUGAAGAUGUGGAGGCGUGGAUUGAACUAGCACAGAUCUUAGAGGGCAGUGACCUUCAAGGUUCCCUCUCUGCUUAUCACAAAGCUACUAAGCUCUUGCAGGACCUUGUACAAAUGGACAUUCCUCCUGAGAUCCUUAACAACAUAGCUGCAUUGCAUUUUAGACUUGGCAAUUAUGAAGAGGCUCACAAACACUUCAAGGGGGCUUGGGACCGUUGUGAAGCUGAGAAAGAACAAGACCCCCAGUACUACUCGUCCAUCUCUGUUACCAUCAAGUAUAACUCUGCUCGGUUGCACGAGAUGUUUUGUCAGUAUGAUAAGGCAGAGAAGCUGUACAAAGAAAUCCUCCAAGAUCAUCCCAAUUAUGUGGACUGCUAUCUUCGACUUGGCUGUAUGGCAAGGGAUCGAGGCCAAAUUUACGAUGCAUCUGAUUGGUACAAGGAAGCACUUCGAAUGAAUAAUGAGCAUCCUGAUGCAUGGUCUUUGAUGGGUAACCUUCAUCUUGCCAAGAAUGAAUGGGGGCCAGGACAGAAGAAAUUUGAAAGAAUUUUGAAGAACCCAAGCACCACAACUGAUUCCUAUUCUUUGAUUGCACUGGGUAAUGUCUGGUUAACAACACUUCAUCAGCCCAAUCGUGACAAAGAGAAAGAGCGUAAACAUCAAGAUCGAGCUCUUGCUAUGUACAAAACUGUCCUUCGAACAGAUCCUAGAAGUAUAUGGGCUGCAAAUGGCAUUGGUGCUGUUUUGGCUCAUAAAGGAUAUAUUAAUGAAGCAAGAGAUAUAUUUGCCCAGGUGAGGGAGGCAACAGCAGACUUCAGUGAUGUGUGGAUGAAUAUUGCACACAUCUAUGUAGAACAGAAGCAGUUCAUUAAUGCUAUUCAGAUGGUAAGAAGUUCAAAAAAAAAAAUUUUUCAAAAACCCCCAAAAGUUUUAAGUUCUUGGGGAAACCUUUCACGGGCAUACUUCAAAGCUGCUAAAUUGAAAAAAUCUACCACAAAUACAUUGCAGGCUCGUCAUGUUGCACCUCAUGAUACAGUGAUCCUCUAUAACUUGGCAUUAGUGUUGCAGCGUUUAGCCAUGCAGGUACUCAGGGAUGAAAAAUCUGUUCUUAAGACUGUGUUGGCAGCUGUGCACGAGCUGACAUUGGCCCAGAAAUACUUUCAGCACUUGAGUGUUAAUGGAGAUCGUUUAAAGUACGACUUGGGAGCUGCAGCUGCAGAGGCAAGUCAGUGCCGUGAUCUUCUGUCUCAAGCACAGUACCAUGUGUCUCGUGCACGCAGACAAGAUGAUGAAGAGAAGGCCCUUCGCCGCAAACAAGAUGAAGAGAGACAGGCACUGAAGCAGAAAGUUGUGGAAGAGAGACAGAAGAUGGAAGAGAAGAGGCGACAGCUGAUGGAAGACAGGAUGAAGGCACGUGAGGAGUAUAAGGAGAAAAUGAAGAAUGCUGUCAUCAUCACUGAAGUGGCUGAAACUCAGCGUAAAGGACGUGGACGUAAGCGUGAUAUGGAAAUCUUGUCUGAUGGUUCUGGUGCAGGAAGCGGAGCUGAAGGAGGUGAACCUAGGAGCAAGAAAGCUCGUGGACGCAAAAGAAAGGAAACAGGAAAGAAGAGAGGUAGGAAAACAAAGGGCGGAAGUGAUGAUGAGAAUGAUGAUCGACCUCGUGGCCGCAAAAGAGGAGGAAGACAGAGAGCCAAAAAGCAAGCUUCAGAUGGCCUUUCUGCCAGACAGAAGGGGCGUAUUGUCUCUAAAGCAACAAUUUCAGAUUCCUCUGACGAUUCUGAUAAUGAGCGACUCAAAAUUGCUAGUGGGUCUGAUAGUGACAGAGGCAGUAGCAAACGGCGUCGAGUUAUGUCUGAAUCUGGUUCUGAUCGCUCACGGUCAAGAUCUCACUUUAGGUCACGUUCUCGUUCUGCAUCAGGUUCCAGGUCACGUUCAAAGUCUGGGUCACGUUCUGGCUCAGGUUCAAGGUCACGAAGUCACAGUGGUUCUAGGAAGAGUGGUUCUGCAUCUAGAUCGAGGUCACGCAGUGGCUCACGGUCUGCUAGCCGUUCACCUGCUAGGUCACGAUCUGGAUCAAAGUCGAGGUCAAGGUCAAGAUCUAAGUCACGGUCAAGGUCCAAGUCAGGUUCAAGAUCAAGGUCCAGGUCUAGAUCCAAGUCCAGGUCUAGAUCCAAGUCCAGGUCUAGAUCCAAGUCCAGGUCUAGAUCCAAGUCCAGGUCUAGAUCCAAGUCCAGGUCUAGAUCCAAGUCCAGGUCUAGAUCCAAGUCCAGGUCUAGAUCCAAGUCCAGGUCUAGAUCCAAGUCCAGGUCUAGAUCCAAGUCCAGGUCUAGAUCCAAGUCCAGGUCUAGAUCCAAGUCCAGGUCUAGAUCUAAGUCCAGGUCUAGAUCCAAGUCCAGGUCACUGUCAAGGUCACGUUCAAGGUCAAGAUCCCCUGCUAGAUCAGGGUCAGGUUCUCCUCGUUCUAGAUCUGGAUCUCCUAAAUCUGGGUCUGGAUCACCACGUUCUAGGUCUGGCUCACGUUCCCCAGCCAAAUCACAGUCAGGCUCCGAGGCUGGAGGUGGCAGUGAUAGUGAAUAGUUCAUGGAUUAAAAUAUUAUUACCAUAAUAUUUGUAUACUCUUAGCUUAAUUUCAUUUGUUUUCAGUAUUUUCUGUGGUUUAUAUACUUUUUAUUACUUUAACCAUUGAAAUACAGGAAAUUAUACUCUGUUAUUCAUUUUUAUUUCAUUAAUAUAGUCUACCAAUAAACUUGUAAAACUGUAUUCAGUUUGGAUUAUCUUAAAUUUAGCAUUAUUUUGUUAAAAUUUAUUGAGUGCUCAUUAUGUACUCAGGAUCAUGCAGGCAAUUGUUCAGCAUAAGAUCAUUAGUACAUCUGAAAAAAUAAAUCUUGUAGUGCAGCAGGUACACUUAUGAAAUACUCAUAAGUUAUAAAAGUUUAAUCAUAUUAGAUAUCUGUAGUUUAAUUUAAGAACAGAUUUUAGAUAUUUUGAUGCAUAUCUAAGAAAUAUUUUAAAUUUUUAUGGUGUAUUGAUAAAAUCCUAAAAAUUUCCCUCUUUCAAUCAG